UAUUGGUUGUUCGUUUGCUAAUUUGUUUGUUUGUGAGAAAAUAUCUUCUCUCUCUGCAUGGACUCACACUACUUCACUAGCUACUUUACAAGCACUCCCAUAUAUACGUACGUACAUACAUACAUACAGCUCCCCCCGCCCAACAAAAUGGCAUGAUGCAGGAGAGAGGAGCUAUACGUUUUAUCUAAAUCUCUCCGAAAUUUCUGCUUUUAAUUUGGAAUCCCAUAUUGAGGAAACACAAUCUGAAGCUCUCACAAACAAUGGAGAAGGCACAUCCAGGGCCCCAGCAUGAGUGAGGCCUUAGCAAAUAUAAACAAAAUGAUAAGGCAAGGAGAUUGGGUGUGCAGUUCAUGCCAACACAUCAACUUCAAGAAGCGGGACUCAUGCCAACGAUGCAGUUGCUCCAAGUUUGGCGGUGGGACUGAUGUAUCGUCCUAUGGACUAAACAGGACAGAACCCCUGGCAGGGGAUUGGUACUGCAAUGCCAUGAACUGUGGAGCACACAACUAUGCAAGCCGAACAAUCUGCUAUAGAUGUGGUGCAACUAAAGACGAUUAUAGUGGGUUCGGUGGAGGCAUGCUGGCGCCCGGUGGCCAUCCAUCCGAUGCCACGGUCCUCCCCGGCUGGAAAUCUGGAGAUUGGAUAUGCACUAGAUAUGGGUGUGGAGUGCACAACUAUGCUAGCAGGGCAGAAUGUUUCAGGUGCGGGUCAACAAGGGAUCUUGGUGACACAGGGAACUGAAUCAAACAAAGAUCACUACCUGCUACAAGAUGUUCUGACUUCAGCUUCGACCUUCCACUAACAUCUCCUUCUAUCAUUUUCUGCCUUUUUCAUCUUCUUCUCGCCCUGUUUCUUCCCUCGUAGUUAUCUUAAAUAAGCCCCACAUUCAUGGUUGAUGACUUACAUUUGGAAGCAUAAACAUGUAUUUACUUCAGGAAGAGCUCUGAACUUUGUUUUAUGGUGCAAAAUGUUCCUACGUGAAGCAAAUGAAAUUUCUUGAGCUUAUUAAUGUAAGAUUUUCUUCUUUCUCUGGGCAAUUGCUGAAAAUUCUGUACUGCAAUACUAAUUUGGGAGGUGGUCCACUAAUGAAAGUUUGGGGUGGUUUUUCAAUUUCAACUGUCAACCAAGCUGCUGAAGCCUUGAAAGCAAUUCAAAUAGAUAAAGCAAGGGCCAGCAAUUGAUCAGUCAUCUAUUCAACCGACGCAAUUGAACAAUGACAGAACUGUGGAGGAAUCAGAUAUGAGAUUCAAAGAACUUCUUUGGGCAGUUCACUUCAAAGAUACCCUAGCUUGUUUCCAAGCAGUAAAAUAUGGUUCCUUUAGGCAUCAAAUGCGCAUAAAUCAUAUAUAAUUGUGUGGAUAAGAACCUGAUUCCAGAUACUCUGCUUUAUGCGCACAUAUGCAAUGCUAACUUCAAAUGGAGUCAAAUCGAAUCCAACUUUUCUUCUACCCCUUCAGUUCAAUCACAAAAAUAUUGCUGCAUUGUCACCCUUAUUCACAGUUAACAUGGUUUCAUGACCACUGAAUGCCACUACCGAUCAUCUGGGAAUGAACUCCAUGUUAGCUUAGCAUCGACUAAAACUUUUAGCCGUUUUUGGAUCUCUAUGUCACUUAAUGUGCGUGUUGAAUAUAUGCUGGUUUUAUCUAUGGAUAUUAUUGGAUUCGGUUCCAUACUCCAUUGCUUGCUUAACUUUGUCAAUUCUUGACUUCUGUAAAUCAACUUCAGAACACCAUUAAAGCAACAGCCGAAUGUUGCUGCCCCUGCCCUCUCCCGAUAUGCUAAGCAGAAAACAAGUAUUUAUGCACACACAAAUAGAGAUGGAAAACACCUACGCACUGCAAAAAUUGUCGGAGUUGGAUGUCCAGCCCAAGAAUUAAAAUAAUAAUAAACUAAAGAAGAAGAGAGGCGGUGGAACACACACACACACACACACACAUAUAUAUAUAUAUAUAUGCAAGGUUUGCAAAUUGAAGGUGCAGAACAGUGGUGCGGCGCAGAUGAAAAACUGAAAAAGAGUAACUUGUGUGCGACGCAAAGACGGAACCGCGGCAGUAAAUUCACUGGGCUGAAGAAAAAAAAAAAAACAAAUCAGGUACGAGGUGAAAGUUAUUUGGAGUGAAUUUUUCUAUAGUUUUGGAUUUUAGGCAAGAGAGUUGUAAGGAUUUAUUAGGGAAAUAAUUUUUUGUAUUCACCAUUAUUAGCGAUCUAGAGUUUGGAUAUUAAACUUGGGAUCUUAUUAUACUUGAUUUUUUUAUAGUGAAUUUGAUUUGGAGUUUGGGCCGUGAUUUUUCUUAUACACUAAAGGGUUUUUCAUGUAAAAUCUUGUAGCCAUAUUCGUGUCUGUUUAUUAUUCGUGUUUAAUAUUUGCACAUGGUUGAUAUUUAGUUUGCACAAUUAAUUUUUGUUUGUGGUGAAUAGCACAAGAAUUGAUAUCAAAGUUUGGUUCGAUUUGAACAUAAAUUAAUUAUGUGAAUUAAGAUAGAUUAACAGGUGAGUAUUAUGAUCAAAUUAAAUGCCUCUACUUAUUCAAUUUGGAAGUUGAAAGUUGAAAAUGGAAGAUCUUUAUUGCAAAGAUUUAUUUGACCCUAUCAAACUUGGUUCUACCAAGU